CGCGGGGGCGCAGCCCGGUGCCCGGGGAGCGGCUCCGCAGCCCGCCCCGCCCCGCCGGUCCCCGCCCCGCCGGUCCCCGCCCGCCGUCACGCACCGCCGCCGCCGCAGAGCCCGCGGAGGCACCGGGCAGGGGCAGCCGCCGCCGGAGGAGGCCCAGGCGGAGCGGAGCGCAGCUGCCGCCGCGGCGGGGGCAGAAAAUGGCUGUUCCUCCUGCAUAUGCUGACCUGGGCAAAUCUGCCAGAGAUAUUUUCACCAAGGGAUAUGGUUUUGGGUUAAUAAAGCUUGAUUUGAAAACAAGAUCUGAAAAUGGACUGGAAUUUACAAGCUCAGGUUCAGCAAACUCAGAAACAAACAAAGUCAGUGGUAGUUUGGAAACAAAAUAUAGAUGGGUGGAAUACGGAUUGAUGUUCACAGAAAAGUGGAACACCGACAACACACUAGGCACUGAGAUUACUCUUGAAGAUCAGCUUGCACGGGGCCUGAAGCUGACCUUUGACUCCACCUUCUCUCCUAACACUGGGAAAAAGAGUGCUAAAAUUAAGUCAGGGUACAAAAGGGAGCACAUCAACAUCGGCUGUGACAUGGAUUUUGAUAUUGCGGGCCCUUCGAUACGUGGAGCUCUCGUGCUUGGCUACGAGGGGUGGCUGGCAGGCUACCAAAUGACUUUUGAGACAGCAAAGUCCAGAGUAACCCAGAGCAACUUCGCUGUUGGCUAUAAGACUGAUGAAUUCCAGCUUCAUACUAAUGUGAAUGACGGAACCGAGUUUGGCGGCUCCAUUUACCAGAAGGUGAAUGAUAAACUGGAGACUGCUGUGAAUCUGGCUUGGACAGCUGGAAAUAGCAACACUCGCUUUGGAAUAGCAGCCAAGUAUCAGAUUGACCCAGAUGCCUCUUUUUCUGCUAAAGUGAACAACUCCAGUCUGAUUGGGUUAGGAUACACCCAGACUUUAAAGCCAGGUAUCAAACUGACGUUGUCAGCUUUGUUGGAUGGCAAGAAUGUCAAUGCAGGGGGUCACAAACUUGGUCUAGGAUUGGAAUUUGAAGCAUAAGGAGUGAUUUCAUAAUUGCUAAUCUGAAAAUACAGCAUAGCUACCUUCAGAAAAUAGUGUACCUUUCAAUGUUUUGUCUGGGGUGCAAGUGUUGCUACGUAUCUGUCCUGCUAGUCCUGGUUAAAGACAGCUAAGCUUUAAAAAUGAUGUUAAAGAAGUGGAGACAAAAUCAUAAAUAAAAAAUCCUAGCUUUUUUCCUUUAUGUAAUUGCUCAUCACAUCUGUCAGCUGCCACAUGAUAAGAAGAAGGAAGGUGUUGAUUACCUCUACUAAUAUAUUGAUGGCACAAGGAAUGUGUUAAUGUGUUGUAAAACCUGGGAAUUGCAGACCACUAUAUUGUACUGUUCAUUGUGUAAGCAAAAUGUUCUGACACCUAAGGUUUCAGUCAAUGAGGGAAUGUGCAAAACUGUCUGAAAAAGGGAUUUUAAAAUUUAUUUUUUUAGAUAUGUGUUUCAUCCAUGGUUCGUCUUACUUGGUUACCCCACACCUACUGCUGUCUCCAGAAUGCUUUAGGUUGUCUGACUUGUCCAAGUCCUUGUGGAGGAGGUUUGAUGUGACUCAGCCAAUGCUGCCUGUCCUGUGUUGUGGUUCCUUCCCCUUGCACUGAUGAAAAAGCUUGUAAAAUGGACAUAAUCAGGGAAGAGUCUUUGCAACUGCAAUCACAUAGUUGCAUCACUAAUUCUAAAACGGAGUUUUCUUUUAUUACCACUUUUUUUUAGCAACUAAAUGGGUACAUUUUUAGAGAGUCUUCCAUUUUGUGUGGAACUAGACCCCAAAAUGCUGUACUUGACACUACUAAAAAUGGAUAAAAAACCCAAACCUGACUUGAAUAAAAUAUUGAAAUGUCA